UUCUGGGAUAGCGAUGGGGACGCCCGGGGCCUCGGCGGGUGCUCUGUUUCUGUCCACCGCGUCUGCGCCCCCGAGGAAGCGCGCGGCUGGGGAGGCCGGAGAGGCCGGGAUUGCGAGAAGCAGGCAGCGGGUCCUGGAUGAAGAAGAGUACAUCGAGGGACUUCAGACAGUUAUCCAGAGAGACUUCUUCCCUGAUGUGGAGAAGCUACAAGCACAGAAGGAGUAUCUGGAGGCGGAGGAAAAUGGAGAUUUAGAGCGCAUGCGCCAGAUUGCCAUCAAGUUUGGCUCUGCCCUGGGCAAGAUAUCUCGGGAACCUCCACCACCCUAUGUCACUCCAGCCACCUUUGAAACUCCUGAGGUACACCCGGGCUCUAGUGUGCUAGGCAGCAAGCCCCGGCCCCAGGGCCGAGACUUAGAUGAUGCAGGCGAGGCUGGAGAGGAGGAGGAGAAGGAGCCACUGCCCAGCCUGGAUGUCUUCUUAAGCCGCUACACAAGUGAGGACAACGCCUCCUUCCAGGAGAUCAUGGAGGUGGCCAAGGAAAAAAGCCAUGCCCGCCAUGCGUGGCUCUACCAGGCUGAGGAGGAAUUUGAGAAGCGACAGAAAGAUAAUCUUGAACUCCCAUCGGCAGAGCACCAAGCUAUUGAGAGCAGUCAAGCUGGAGUGGAGACCUGGAAGUACAAGGCCAAGAACUCUCUCAUGUACUAUCCAGAGGGUGUUCCUGAUGAAGAGCAGUUGUUCAAGAAGCCACGGCAGAUAGUGCAUAAGAACACACGCUUCCUCCGGGACCCCUUCAGUCAGGCUCUGAGCAGGUCCCAGCUUCAACAGGCAGCUGCCCUCAAUGCCCAGCACAAACAGGGCAAGGUUGGCCCUGAUGGCAAGGAACUCAUUCCCCAGGAGUCCCCCAGAGUGGGCGGCUUUGGAUUUGUUGCUACUCCUUCUCCUGCUCCUGGUGUGAAUGAGUCCCCACUGAUGACAUGGGGAGAGGUUGAGAACACGCCCUUGCGAGUUGAAGGAUCCGAGAGCCCCUAUGUGGACAGGACACCUGGACCCACGUUCAAGAUCUUGGAGCCAGGACGCAGAGAGCGUCUGGGCCUGAAGAUGGCCAAUGAAGCAGCUGCCAAAAACCGGGCCAAGAAGCAGGAAGCGUUGCGGAGAGUUACAGAGAACUUGGCCAGUCUUACUCCCAAAGGCCUGAGCCCAGCCAUGUCCCCAGCCCUACAGCGCCUCGUAAGCAGGACAGCCAGCAAGUACACAGAUCGUGCCCUGCGGGCCAGCUAUACACCAUCCCCAGCACGCUCUACCCACCUCAAGACCCCAACUGGUGGGCCGCAGACACCCACAAGCACACCAGCCCCUGGGUCUGCUACACGUACACCCCUCACACAGGACCCAACCUCCAUCACAGACAAUCUGCUGCAGCUUCCUGCCCGGCGCAAAGCUUCAGACUUCUUUUAGAGCCAGGCCUGGCUGGACCUGUGGAUGUUUUGUGGGACACUUUGUGGAGCGUCUAGGGCAGCUUUCUACUCCUCAGAGGAUUCCAGGCCUUGGAGACCCAGACCACAAGUAUAUAGAGCUGUGCCCGGGCCAGGUUGGCACAUUACACUGACCACUCCCUUGGGAGUAUGGCAUUGGUGCUGUCCCCCAGGGCCCUGCUGAAAAUGCCUUCUAGUUAACCCCCAACUGAAUCCUCAUUAAAGAAUACCUGGCACUGUCUGGCCAGGCUGCUGAUCCAUG